AGUACAGUACAGAACAAGGUCGCUCGCCUCUGCCCAGCCCGAGACCAACCUGUGCAUAAGAAAGCUAACAACCAACCUGCUCGACUGAAGCAUCCUGCGUUCAGUACGAACGUAGAUGGUGGAUGGGACAGACAGGCACGCAGGCACGGGAAUAAAUUUUCUUCUAAUGUUCUUUUGCACAAUGCAAGAACCGUCACCAGCCGAGUGGGUCGGAGAAGAUUCCAAUUACUGAGUGUGACUUGAAACAGACGCUGGCCAAAGUGCUGACCUCACUCUCUUUCAGAGCUGACCCAUGUAGAGAGGCAGAGGGAGGACUUGCAGCCCAGUUAGACUUUUGGCCACAUCGGGGUCGGGCUGAGCUGAGGUUAGCUGAGCAAGAUCUGGACAGGAGAGAGCGUUCCAUGAUGAGCGUUCCAUAUGGCUUCUAGGCGUGGAUGAGUCGUAGUGGUUCACUCUGCAAACUCACUCUUACGCAAAGCUGAAAUGCCACAGAUCUCUUCUACGCAGGUGAGUCCUGAGGAUGAUGCAAAAGUAUGUCACGAGUUCGCCACCGGCGACGAUGGCGCUGCCCAUCGCUCGGCUGAUUACCCGGGACCUCACUUUAGCAACUUUCAGCCGGCGCGUUGACCAAGAGGUAUCGAGGAGUAGUUUCUGCGGUAACGUUGCGAGUCGAGCCGAAUCGAAGCUUGGGAUGGGGGCUGGGGCGGGACUCUGGCCUUUGGACCUUGGUCGGAUGACGAUGACGAUGGGUUGAGGUAAGAACAAAGGUAUGAGUCACCGAGUCCCCAGAUUCUCCUCCUGUGGAACUUCGGGUGGCAUCUGUGUGCCUGCUGUUGUGGACUAUGACAGUGUCGAUUUUGAUUUGUAUGGGCACAGUGCAGAAAGGAUGGAACACAAGUCGGUUUAUCUGUGGCAGUGUAAGUUUUGCAGAUUAGACAGAAGAAGGAAUUAUAUCUCAGUUGGUCUGUGUGGCUUGGGUUUAGAACUGGUUUUCAAAAGGCAGAGCUUACAGCAGUCAGUACAAUUUGACAUCAAAGUCCAAGCUCAAGCUACCGUACCGGGAAUUCUUCAUGUCUAAGCUUCCUCUUUCGGCCAUAACUCAAUGCCGCAACCCAUGUUGUAGUGCUUUACCACAUCGAGGCAGACCUGCAGGUUCAGGAUGUUGCUGACCGUGAUGGCUCGAGCAAAAGAGAAAGACCUGUAGCUCAGAGACGAGGAUAUUCCGAGAAGAGAGGAACUUCUGUUGUAGUGUGUUCCUGCGCCAAUCCUCUUUCUGCUUUCCGUAAUACGGUUGACUCGCCUCACCACUGGAGCGACGAAGAGAUUGAACAUAGAAAUCGUAGCCACUUGGGCUGCUAGUGGACGAUCGUGGUCGUACAACUUGGUGAUGGGCAGCUUCAGGUUGACUUUGAAAAAUGAAAAUCGGUAGAUAGGAUUGCCAACAAAAGAUAUUUUUUUUAAUGCAGUGCUGUAAUCUUCACUUUAAACACGUGUUCACGGGGUUGGAUGUGCAUUCGUUCUAACAUCCAAGUACAAAAUAAACACUAUUCGCGAUGAAUUAUG